AUGGUAACGGUUUACAUGCUAUCCCCUGUUGUCAAGGAGAUGUCAGAGGAACGACAAACGACCACAAUGGAGACUGAGGAAAGCACCUUUGAAGCAUUGGAAAAAGACAUCCAGGAGGUUUUAAAUGAGUUAUUAGGAGAUGAAAAGUUCGAGAAGUUCCGUGUGGAAUAUGAGAAGAUCGCCAAAGCUCUGCGGAAGUCCCACGAGAACGAAAAGAGACUGAUGUCCAAAUGCAGGGAGCUGAACGCAGAGAUAAUGUCCAACACCGUCAAAGUAUCCACAGCCAUGAAACUAGAAACUGAUGAAGAUCAAGCCACAAUCACCUCUCUUAAAAUGGAAAUUGACAAGGCUUGGAAAAUGGUUGAAGCUUCACAUGCAAAGGAGUUGCAGGCAAAAGAAACAAUCCAGAAACUAAAGGAGGAAAUAACCUGUCUCAACAAGCUCAUUGAAAAAGGAGCUGGGGUCUCUGAGGGCCAAGAAUACAGCAUGGGCGAUCUGUUAAAGCUCAAAGAGGACCUGACCAAGCAGAGAGACAAGCUGCAGUCAGAGGUGAUGACACUCCGGGAGAACCUCACUAAAACCACUGAUGCUCAGCAGGAGAUAGAGGCUGAGAAGAACAAAGCGAUGGACACAAUUGCUCAGCUCCAGCAGGACAUCCAGGUGCGUCAGAAUGAGAUUCAUCGGGAAACCAGGAGGAAGGAGAAGUUGGAAAAAGAAGUGAAGCAGCUUCAAACUGACCUGGAGUCCAAACAAUCUGAGAUUAAAUCACUGACUCAGCAGAGUCAGCGUCUGCAGGAUGAUCAGCAGAAACUGGAACAACAGCUCCAGGAACACAAAAUUAUAAAUGAGAAAACCAGUAAAGAAAUGGAACAACUCCAACAUCGAAACAAUAAAAUCCUGCAGGAUAAUGAACAAAACGGCAUCAGCCUAGAGCAACUCUCCCAACAGAACCAGCAGCGAGCAUUGGACCUGAAGAUGAAAGAAGAGGAAGUAACCCAGCUGAAACAGGAGAUCACUAAACUUACCAAAAUGAGAGAAGGGGUGCAGAGGAGACUCAGACAGAUGGAGGAACAGAAAGUGGAGGUGGAGAAUCAGAGAGAAACACUGAAGAAUCAGAUUACUGGACUGGAUAGAGAAAUGGAGACUGCAAAAAAGCAGAUGGAUAUGGACAAGAAGGCUAUAGAUGAACUGGUGCGGGAGAGGGACAUCCUGAAUAAGAAUAUGAUCAAGGCGGCCAAUGAAACAGACAAACAGCAGACCAUUGUUAAGCUACACGAACAGUCAAAGAAGACUCUGGAACAGGAGAUUUUAAACUACAGGGACGAAGCCCAGAAACAGCGAAAGAUCAUCUACCAGCUGGAGAAAGAGAGGGAUCGCUACAUAAACGAGGCCAGUGAGCUCACCAAGAAGGUUCUUGAGAAUAUUGAGGACAUUAAACUGAAGGAGAUGCAUAUAUUUGAGUAUAAGAAGAGAAUCGCAGAAGCUGAAACAAAACUGAAGCAGCAGCAGAACCUCUAUGAGGAUGUCAGGACAGAGAGGAACCUCUUCAGCAAGAACCUGAUUGAGGCCAAGGAUCAGAAUGCUGAGAUGAAACGCAAGGUGAAGAUCGUGAACCACAUGUUCGAACAGCUAAAAGAUGAAAUCACCACAAAAGAGGUGGCUCUAGACAAGGAGCGCCAGGAGUUCCAGCGUGUAGAGAGAGAAAGGGAAAAUCUCAAGGCCGAGCUACAGAAGAUGAGGCAACAGGCUCAGGAGACGAAGCAGUUCAUUGAGAAACAGGAGGCAGAGGAACGCGAGCUGCUGAAGAUCAUAGCAGAGGCUGAUGCUGAGAGGAUUCGGCAGAAAAAAGAGCUCGAUCAGGUGAGAAAUGAGCGUGACCUCCUGGGGAUGCAGUUGAUGAAGAGAAACGAAGCACUGGCAUUACUGUACGAAAAGAUCAAAAUCCAGCAUUCCAUCAUGAACAAGGGGGAUAUUCAGUACAAUGAAAGAUUGGAGGAUAUCAGACUCCUGAAGCUAGAGAUCAAGAAGCAAAGACGAGAAAAGAACAUCCUCAACAAGACCGUCUCUAAUGUGGAGGACCUCAGUUACUUUGUGUUGCAGGAGAAAGAGAAACUUUACGUCGAGCUGAAACACAUCCUUGCUCGGCAGCCUGGUCUGGAAGCAGCGGAAAAACUACAGGUUUAUCAGCGAAUACUCCGGGAGAAGACCAAACAACUGAAGGUCCUAACAGCAGAGCUCAACAUGCACGAGUCCCAAUCAGAAGACUACAAGUAUGAGAUCGAACGUCUGGCCCAUGAACUCCAAGAAGUCAAGAAAAAAUACCUCGCACAGAAACGGAAAGACCAGGAGCACAGGGAGAAGGAGCGAAAUCUCACCCAGGCAGGACAGCCUGUGAUCCAGCCUCAGCGUCCGGACGGCGCUAGAUUCACUGGAGGAGGCUUCAGUUUUAAGCAGCACAACAGGAUGGCACUUCAAGCUCUGGAACAGCAGUCCUGAUGCCCGCCAGAGCCCUCUGAGGACCCUCUUCACCCAUCAUCGCCUCUUGAUAGACCGUAUUUUCUCAUAUUUAUUCAGCUCUAUUGGUCCUGGCCAA